GGAGAAGAAACAAUGGAUUCCUUAGACCAUAUGCUUACAGAUCCCCUGGAACUGGUUCCAUGCAGCGAUGGUCAUGGCACUCGCAUUAUGGAGGACUGCCUGCUGGGAGGCACCCGGGUCAGCCUGCCUGAGGACCUCCUGGAGGAUCCUGAGAUAUUCUUUGAUGUAGUCAGUCUUUCAACAUGGCAAGAAGUACUCAGUGACUCUCAGCGUGAAUACCUCCAGCAGUUCCUGCCUAGUUUCCCUAUGGACAGUACUGAACAGCAAAAACAGCUUAUCCUUGCCCUCUUCAGUGGGGAGAACUUUCGCUUUGGAAACCCUCUGCACAUUGCCCAGAAGCUUUUCCGAGAUGGUCACUUUAACCCUGAGGUGGUCAAGUAUCGGCAGCUGUGCUUCAAGUCACAGUACAAACGCUACCUCAGCUCCCAGCAGCAGUACUUCCAUCGGCUGCUGAAGCAGAUUCUUGCUUCCCGGAGUGAUCUACUGGACAUGGCCCGAAGGAGUGGCCCAGCCCUUCCCCUCCGACAGAAGCGCCCUUCCCCCUCCCGCACCCCUGAGGAGCGGGAGUGGAGGACUCACCAGCGCUAUUUAAAGGUCUUAAGAGAAGUAAAGGAAGAGUGUGGUGACACGGCUCUGUCAUCUGAUGAAGAAGCCACGUUGGAUUUACAAGAACACUUUUCUUUUGAAGAUCUCAGUUCAUGGCUUCCGAGCUCUCCAGCGUGUUCUCCUAGUCCUGCGGUGCCCCUCAGGGUGGUGCCCACACUUUCCACCAUGGAUAUGAAAACUUCAGAUAAAAUAGAACUGGGGGACAGUGACCUGAAGAUAAUGUUAAAGAAGCACCAUGAGAAGCGGAAACAUCAGCCAGAUCACCCAGACCUCUUGACCGCAGACCUAACGCUCAGUGACAUCAUGACUCGUGUAAAUGCUGGCCGCAAAGGCUCCCUGGCAGCCCUGUAUGACUUAGCUGUCCUUAAAAAAAGGGUAAAGGAAAAAGAGGAAAAGAAGAAGAAGAAAUUAAAAAUUAUUAAAUCAGAGGUGGAGGAUCUGACUGACCCUCUAAGCAGUACUGAGGGAAUCCCACCCCUCUCACAGGCUCCUUCUCCACUGGCUGUACCUGCUAUCAAGGAAGAGCCUCUCGAAGACCUCAAACCUUGCCUUGGAAUCAAUGAAAUAUCUUCCAGCUUCUUCUCUCUCUUAUUAGAAAUCUUGCUGCUGGAGGGUCAGGCUAGCCUUCCUAUGCUAGAAGAGCGAGUUUUGGAUUGGCAAUCGUCUCCAGCGAGCUCCCUCAAUAGCUGGUUCUCGGCAGCCCCGAGUUGGGCAGAGUUAGUGCUGCCAGCCCUUCAGUAUCUUGCUGGAGAAAGCCGAGCUGUUCCAUCCAGUUUCUCUCCAUUUGUGGAGUUCAAAGAGAAAACUCAGCAGUGGAAAUUACUUGGCCAAUCCCAAGAUAAUGAAAAGGAAUUAGUUGCACUUUUCCAGCUGUGGCUGGAGACCAAAGACCAAACUUUCUGUAAGCAAGAAAAUGAAGACAGCUCAGAUGCCAUGACACCUGUCCCUCGAGUAAGAACUGACUAUGUGGUACGGCCUAGCACAGGAGAGGAGAAACGGGUUUUUCAGGAGCAGGAGCGUUACAGAUACAGCCAGCCCCAUAAGGCCUUCACCUUUCGCUUGCAUGGCUUUGAGUCUGUGGUGGGGCCAGUGAAAGGGGUAUUUGACAAGGAGACCUCCCUCAACAAAGCCAGAGAGCACUCCCUGCUGCGCUCAGACCGGCCUGCCUAUGUCACCAUCCUGUCUCUUGUUCGCGAUGCUGCAGCUCGGCUGCCUAAUGGGGAGGGCACAAGGGCAGAGAUCUGUGAACUGCUCAAGGAUUCCCAGUUUCUUGCACCAGAUGUCACCAGCACUCAGGUCAACACAGUAGUGAGCGGUGCCCUAGACCGGCUUCAUUAUGAAAAAGACCCUUGUGUGAAAUAUGACAUUGGGCGGAAACUGUGGAUCUAUUUGCAUCGUGACCGCAGCGAGGAAGAGUUUGAGAGAAUUCACCAGGCACAAGCAGCUGCAGCCAAAGCCAGGAAAGCCCUCCAGCAAAAGCCCAAGCCGCCAUCCAAGGUGAAGUCCGGUAGCAAGGAGAGUUCCGUCAAGGUCCUCAGUGGUCCUUCAGAGCAGAGCCAGCUCAGCCUCAGUGACUCCAGUAUGCCCCCCACCCCUGUCACACCGGUGACUCCCACCACUCCAGCCUUGCCUUCUACUCCUGUUUCCCCUCCACCUGUCUCAUCAGUGAGCAAAAGUGCCCCAAGCACAGUGUCAGAGCCAGCUAAAAGUAGCUCAAGUGUUCUUCUGGUGUCAUCACCAACGAUGCCCCAGCUGGGAACAAUGCUUUCCCCCCCCUCCAACCAGACUCCAUCCGCUUCUCAGGCCACCACACGCGUAGUGAGCCACACCAACUCAGCUGGACUGCCCCAGGUGCGCGUGGUAGCCCAGGCGGGCCUUGCUGCUGUGACCCAGCAGUCCACAGGGUCCACACAGACGCUGCCACCCAUGACAGCAGGACCUCCAAUCCGGGCUCCAGCCACUGCUGCACAGACCAAAGUUGUGCCCCAGACGGUGAUGGCCACUCUUCCCGUCAAAGCACCAGCUACUUCAGCCACCUUGCAGCGGCCUGGAGCUGGGCAGGCAGAGCUGACGGUGACAGGCCUCACCUCCAGCCCUGUGAGCAAGCCGGCCACCAGUUCUCCCGGGAGUGCGACCCCAAGUUCUUCCACGGCAGCCGUCAUUCAGAAUGUCACAGGGCAGAGCAUUAUCAAGCAGGUGGCAAUCACUGGGCAGCUUGGUGUGAAGCCACAGACAGGCAGCAGCAUUCCCCUCACAGCCACCAACUUCCGGAUCCAGGGCAAGGAUGUGUUGCGGCUGCCACCCUCAUCUAUCACCACAGAUGCCAAAGGCCAGACAGUCCUGAGGAUCACGCCAGACAUGAUGGCAACACUGGCCAAAUCCCAGGUCACCACAGUCAAAUUGACCCAGGACCUCUUUGGGACAGGAAGUGGCACUGCAGGCAAAGGUAUUUCUGCCACUUUACAUGUCACCUCCAACCCAGUCCAUGCAACUGAGAGUCCUGCCAAAGCCAGUUCAGCCAGUGCUACUUCAUCCACUCCAGCAGGCACCACUGUGGUCAAGGUGACUCCUGAUCUCAAGCCAGCAGAAGCCUCAAGUUCAGCUUUUCGCUUGAUGCCUGCACUUGGUGUAAGUGUGGCAGACCAGAAGGGGAAAAACACCAUAGCCUCGUCUGAAGCAAAACCAGCCACCACCAUUCGCAUUGUGCAGGGACUGGGCAUGAUGCCUCCUAAAGCAGGCCAGACCAUCACAGUUGCCGCUCAUGCCAAGCAAGGGUCCUCGGUGGCCAGUGGGUCUGGGACCGUACAGACUUCUGCAGUGUCCUUGCCCAGUAUGAAUGCAGCUGUGUCCAAGACUGUGGCAAUGGCAUCUGGGACAGCAAACACCCCCAUCAGCAUCGGAACAGGAGCCCCCAGUGUUCGACAGGUCCCAGUGAGCACUACCGUUGUAUCCACAUCACAGGCGGGGAAGCUGCCUACACGGAUCACAGUUCCGCUUUCUGUGAUUAGCCAGCCUAUGAAGGGUAAAAAUGUGGUCACAGCCCCCAUCAUCAAAGGCAACCUUGGAGCCAACAUCAGUGGUCUGGGCCGCAAUAUCAUCCUCACCACCAUGCCAGCGGGGACCAAGCUCAUAGCUGGCAGUAACCCCGUCAGCUUCCUCACUGCCCAGCAGCUGCAGCAGCUUCAGCAGCAAGGCCAGGCCACACAGGUCCGGAUUCAGACUGUUCCAGCGUCCCAUCUCCAGCAAGGAACAGCUUCAGGUUCCUCCAAAGCAGUGUCCACUGUUGUUGUGACUACGGCUCCAUCUCCUAAACAGGCACCUGAGCAGCAGUGA